AUGUUCCAGGUCUUGCCGAGGCUGAUCUUCCACAACAAAACGGUGGACACCGAGUUUGAAAUUUUGCGGGUUCCCACGAAAGACCUGCCGCAGAGGCUGCUGGAUGCGGAGAUCGAGAGGGAGGACCAGCUUUUAGCAGAAAACCCGCAUUUGAGUCGGCAGCAUGUGACGGUUCGCGAACCCAAAAUUUUCACGCUGGAGCCGCGUCAGCUCGACAAGUUUGGCGCAGAAAUACCAGGGUCGGGCACGAUUCAGCCCUCUCAGGACCUUGGGGCCAUUCGUUUUCGGAUUCAAGGGAUGCAGAAAUGGAGCGCGCUCGUCGUUUUGGGCGACGAUCAGGCAGGGGACUUUCCGUUCGUCCUGGAGUCGGGAGUCGUCGGUACUGUGGAGAUCUGUCCGGAACGUGGCAUGCUCAGCGUAAACUUUCUCGUGGGCAGCAGCUACUAUGCCGAAAACCACUGCAAAGAUUUCUACAUGGUUUUGAAUAAGAGGAUAAAGGCGCCGCCGG